CGGGUGAGACGUUUCAGGAGUUGCGCUUGCAUCGCGGGUGGCCUAUCUCAAUUUUGUGCUCUGAGUUGUUCUGAGAGUUGAGAUAGAACUGAUAGGAGAGGUGCUUGACGCGCGGUUUCGUGAGUGCUGUGCUCAUCAUCUGCGUUGUUCUGGUGGGAUGCUUUGUGCUUCUUCAGAUAUUUGUCAUCUAUAAAAAAGUGUAAAUGAACCACUUCGUAAUCCAAAAUCAACACCAUCCAGUGCUCAUACGAUUGCGUGAAUUUAAACAAACUUUAAAUAUAUCACAGUGUUAAUCUGAUGGCAAACAAGACAAAUCCGCGCCAUUUGUAGGUUAGAGUAUCGCCACAUUUUGUUUGUACGGGAGUGCGUGAUCUGUCCAUAAUUUCUCGAAAGUUCUUCGCCAAAAUGGGCUGUGAAUUGGGUAAACUCGCUGGAAGGGGCCAUUCGGACAAUAACGGGAAGUUGGACGAUGUGGGCCCGCCCGCGCAACCACCGCAAGUGGAUUCCCGGUUACCGCUGACCGCUAAGCAGAAGUAUAGCAUGUUGGCUUCGUGGAAGGGAAUUAGCAGGGCCAUGGAGAGCACCGGAGUUUGCAUGUUCUUGAAAUUAUUUGAAGAGCAUGGAGAACUACUGAACCUCUUCGAAAAGUUCAAAGAACUGAAAACCAAGGAAGAUCAAGCGAACAGCUUAGAACUUCAAGAGCACGCGGGUACAGUAAUGAACACCUUAGACGAAGGAAUUAAAGGAUUGGAUAACCUGGAUGCCUUCUUCGAGUACCUGCAUCAAGUGGGAGCUUCGCAUCGUCGAAUACCGGGGUUCAAAGUUGAAUAUUUUUGGAAAAUCGAGAAACCAUUCCUGGAAGCCGUAGAACUAACAUUAGGAGAUAGAUACACCGAAAACGUAGAAAAUAUAUACAAAAUUACAAUAAAAUUCAUCAUAGAAACGCUGAUUAAAGGAUACGAUAAUGCCAAUAAUGCGAACGCGCCCACGUGAAGUUUAACCGACUGAAUCUAAUUAUUAAUGUGUACUGCUAAAAAUACCAAUUUGAUUUUUAUAUAUAGAACCAAAAUAUCCAAUUCUCGGGACGUUCAACCCUUGGGGAUUCGCUCCCGGAAACGCUGGAAAGUUCAGCACGACAAUAUGAAUACCGGAAGCUAUAAAAAACGUUUCGACUGUUUGCUCGCUUCAUAUUUUCCGUAAACUAAUUCAUUAAUUCCUAUUGUUAUUAUGCCACGUGUCAACAGGGAAUUCAUAUUAAAUUUGUUUACAAAAGAGAUGGCGAAGUUAUUAAGAUCAAUAUUUUUAUGUAUUAACUUAUUUCAUUUGUAAUGAUUUUUAUAUAGAAGGCGACAUAUUAUGUAAAUUAAAAUUCACACUGAUAAAUGUGCUUGUAUUUUUCUCUAUAUUUAUAUUUUAUUAUAUUAUUAUUAUACAGUGUGUUCCAACGAAACUUUGACCCCUCCCCCAGAAACUCAGAAACCAAGAGUUUCUUCACAAUUUAAAAAAACAUCUCAAUUUGAAUUGUAAGAGGGACGAAUUUUCAUGCAACAUUCAUGCCCUCAAAUGUAACCCCCUACUGCCCCCCUCUAUACAUGGGUUUUGUUGAUUUCGAACAUGCCUUUGACAGCCUAUCUCAUGCUGCUAUAUGGAAAAUUUUAGAGCUAAGAAACAUUCCUCAUAAAAUAAUUUCCAUUAUAAAGUCACUGUAUAUUAAGGCGACGUGCAGCGUGACACACAAUGGGAUCAACAGUGACGAAUUUGACGUACUUACUGGAGUCAGACAGGGAUGUAUGCUUGCUCCGUUUCUGUUUAACAUAGCUCUAGACUAUGUUCUCUCCAAACUAGACUUCGACACAAAAGGGAUAUAAUGGACGUUAACCACACGCCUAAGUGAUCUAGAAUACGCCGACGAUAUCUGCCUGUUAGGACAAAGGUUCCAGGAUGUGGCCGACCAAUUGGAAACACUAUCCACUGAGGCCAAUAAAAUAGGUUUAAAAAUCAAUAUUAGUAAAACCAAAUCCAUGAGAAUAAACGCAAGGAACAACACGCUAUUUAAUAUCGACAACAUGCAGAUUGAAAAUGUGGAAAACUUCACGUAUAGUAUUUUUACUACAAAAGCGAUAUUACGUAGGUCAAAAUUUUUGAAAAUACUAUACCUUGGAAGUGUCAUAACAGAAAGCGGAGGUACAGAAAACGAUAUUCAUUUGAGGAUACGAAAAGCUCAACAAGCAUUCAGCAUGCUUAACCCUGUUUGGAGGUCUGGGGAAUAUACUACAAGGACAAAGAUUCGAAUAUUCCAGUCAAAUGUUAUGUCUGUUCUACUCUAUGGAUGUGAAACCUGAAAAGUGACAAAAUCCGUUACAGACAAAUUUCAGGUCUUUGUUAACAAAUGUCUACGAAGAAUUGUCCGUAUUUUCUGCCCAAACACCAUCAUAAACGAAGAUCUGCUACACCUGACCCAACAAUAUUGCAAAAAUUGCCCUAGAGCGGAAUCCCCAAGGAAAGAGAAAAAGAGGUCGCCCAGCACAAACUUGGAGAAGAUCCAUCAUGGACGAGAUAAGAAGUCAAGGAAAGUCUUGGAAUGAGGUGAAGGCCCUAGCGCAAAAUAGAAUCCGAUGGCCCGUUUUCACUGAGGCUCUAUGCUCCACUUAGGAGUUCAAGAACAUUAUAUAUUAUAUAUACUGCCCCCAGUAUUUUUAAAUGGCAAGUGUAGUCGAGUUACACAUCAUUUAAAAGGUAUUUUUUUUCUGUACACGACCCUUCAAUUUUUUAAUUUGCGGAAUAACUUUAAAGACAAUUUUGGACUUAACUAAUUUAUAAUACAUUUGGUAAGUCCAAAAUGAUCUUUAAACUUAUUACGUAAAUUAAAAAAAAUAGAGGGUCCUGUAGAGAAAACAAAUACCUUUCAAAUGAUGUGCCACUCGACCACACUUGCUAUUUAAAAAAAAGUGGGGGUUGAUAAAUUGAUGUGCUUUUUUAAAUUUUAAAGAAGCGCUUGGUUUCUGAGUUUCUGGGGGGGGGGUCAAAUUUUCAUUGGAACAGACAUCGUAGCCCAUCACACUUCAAUCCAAUGUAAUCACAAUCAAACAUCGACACACAACUACUUACCCUCCAGCUCCGGGUCGGAGAUGGCAGCUUUCGCUCACUGCGGUUACAGUUCCGGCAAAGCAUCUUUUCCAAAGUACCUUUGCCACGGCAGAGUUCUAUUGCAUAACUGCCGUUUGAGUUCCUUCCCAGUUCAGUACACCGAAUGGAUCAGAUUUCCUGUUUUUUUUUUUUUUUUUCAACCCGACCUGUGAGACUUGUUCACCCCUAGGAAAGUACGUUCGAGUGUAACAAUUCAUUGGAGCGAGGUGUAUAAAGCCGAGUCUAUGACAGGAGUCACUCCACCGCGCUCCAAUGCUCCAGGUCAUCGCUUUCCCCCCUAUAGCACGCUGAUGCGCGAUAGGGGCACAACUAUCAGCCAAAUGCUCUUCACGUGGGAAUUCUGGGUAAUAGGAUUCCAACGUGGUGUCCUAAUCGGUUUGCAAAUAAGGCCAGCGUGAAGCGCUCUAUGCCUGUUAUCUUCUUGUGACUUGCCCGCGGUACUAAAAAUUGCUUGCUUGGGCCCCAAGCCUCUUGGCCGAGCCAUAAAGCUCGGCCCAGAGACUUAGCGCUCAAGGGUUGGGCCCUACUUGCCCGGGUUUUUGUGUUUUGUUUUGUUAGUAUUUUUUGUUGGCUUGCGCCGGGUUAAUAAUUUUUUGCAUUUUUUUGGUGGUCGAGGCCGAUUUUUUGUAUUUGUAUUAUAUAUUUUUUUUGUAGGUGUCCUGAAAAUAAAAUCAUCGUUAGUUACUUUACGUGUGCGUCGCUGGUUGGGGCCCACACAGUGCUGUGAUUUUCUUCGUUGAAUAGAGCUACGAACUGUCCACUUACUUAUUUCUCACUUUAUUUCUUAUUUAUCUACUUUAUUUUAUUUUAUUUUUAGCCUCUCGUGUUUAUUUAUUUUGUUUUUCUUUGCUUUAUCACUUACUACUUGAUCUUUUUAUUUCUUGUCUUUCUAUUUUUAUUUAUUUUAUUUCUAUGUUUCUUCUUUGUAUACUAUUUUAUUCCACUAUCUGUUGUUUGGGACGUUUGUGCUUCCAUCGGUGGAAAGCGUCGUAUUGCAUGAUCUCUCGCAGUACCUAUGGGGCUUGGGUGGUUCUCCAGUUCUGGGAAUUUUGUCCUCGCUCUUUCUUUCAUGGUGUCCAUUACUCUUAUUUGCUUUAGUUAUCUGAAUAAGUGCCUCUCUGCUACGUAUCUUGGUACGUUGACUGCUUCCCUUAGGCUGUUGUUGUAUACCGCUUGUAUUUUCUUCUUUGAUGUAUUGCAUACCUGUCUCCGUGCGAGAAAUGCGUAUGUUAGGAUCGGGAUUAUUAUACUGUUUAUUAAUCUUACUUUCGUUUUUAUUUUUAAUUUGCUAUUUCUGCCAAUUAGUCCUCUUAUCGAUGCUUUUGCUGCGUUUGCUUUUCUUACUGUGGCCUCUACAUGUUAUUGGAAUGUUAGGCCCUUGUCCGUGGUAACUCCUAAGUAUUUUGCUUCGCCUUUCCACUCCAUGGGGUUGUUUUGCACCGUCAGUUGUUCUUCUGGUUGUUCUCGACGUUUCUUAAACAUCACCGCUUGUAUCUUUUCUGAAUUUAUGGCGAUUUUCCAUUUUAUGCACCAUUCUUCGAUGUUGUCUAGUGCCAUUUGUAGAUUGUUUACUAAUAUUUCUAUGUUUCUGUGUUUGGCCGCUAUCGCUGUAUCGUCUGCAUAAAGGCUCAACAUGGUCCAAGGUGUUCUUGGUAUGUCUGUGGUGAACUGAUUUCCUGAUUCUCCCUUCUCUUCUUAAGUACACUGUCGGUAGCUAUCACUCAUUGGUCCCGUCGGAGAGGUGGCACGAAGUUGUCUUCUGACGAGUUGUUGAAUGCCGAGCGGAAGGAUAUCGUUACAAACGAAUCGAAGUUUCAUCAAGAUCCAUCCAAUUGCAAAAAAUUGGUAGGUUUAUUGCUUCAUGCAUAUACACCAAAUAUUCAGGGUCUAACUGAUUUAAAAUUGAAUUGAAAGUAUAAUCGAUAUUAAUUACGUAAUAGUUUUGUAAUUAGCGUGGAAGCAGUUUCCGGGAACGAAUCGUUCAAGUGUACAUUAUUGUCCGUGAACCAAAAGCCCACCCCUGAGUGUAUCAUGUAAAUAUUCGUACGUAUGUAUGUAUUUAUUUGCUGUAAGAGAUAGGUGACGUUAACAGUUAGAAGAAAAAUGGUUUUAGAUAUAAAAACUUUUCCUAUUACAGUUGGUCUUGAAAACGGUUAGCACACUCAACGAAAAAUUAAUAAAAAUUAAUAAUAUUAAUAAAAAUGUUAAUUCAGAACACUUUAAUCCUUUUUAAGAGCGCAGGUGCAAAAUUUCAAUCGAAUUCUUUUUAAACGCAUUCAUUUUUUUGGGAUCCUGAGAAAACUAAUAAGUAUUUUUGACAAAUUGAGAUGCAGAAUAAAAGAUUACAUUAUUACCGAGGGCCGAAAGUCCCUUAUAAUAAACAAAAAGUUUCUUUUGAAUGGUAUACAUAUUUGAAAUUAAAAAUCAUACUAAACUUUCUCUUUUUCGCCCCUGUGACUUAUUAAAAUAAUCAUUAUAGAAGUUCUCAGGGACUUCAGACCCUCGAUAAUACUAUAAUAUUUUAUUCUGUGUUUAAAUUUUUCAAAAAUACUUAUUAGUUUUCUCAGGAUUCGAAAAAAAUGAAUACGAUAAUAGACACACGAAAACUUCCUUCCAGUACGGACUACACUUGGAAACGAAAUGAAAUUAUUCGGCACUUCGGCCGAGGUAACAGCAUUGUUUAACAAAGAAUUAUUUUUUAAACAAUGGUAACACAGAGAAGCUCGGGGUAUCACGAUAAGGAAAAGCCGUUACAUUUCAAUCGGUCAAGAAAAACAUUUAUUGUUUCAACAACUGCGUUUAUUGUUACCAUGAACGCAUUGAUUGUGGUUAUUAAACGCAGUAGUAGAUUCAUUAAUGCAUUCGUUUUCACAACAAUCAGUUUACAUCUAUGGAAUAAUCAAAUAUUACUCUAUAUUAACAACUGUACAUUGUUUUAAUGAAAUAUGUACGUUGUCACGAUAAACCAACGUAAUUGCUUAUCAUCUACGAAAUCGAGAAAGUGAGUUGCUGCCAGAAUUAACAUUAUUUAUUAAAUAUAUACGAAACUAACUUAUUGGCUGAAUAAAUUGAAUGUUAUUGAUUAAUGUACUCUAGUU